AUGUUGUCCACCUGCACCACCCACUUCUACGUCGCCCGCCUCUGCGUCGUCCUCCUCUUCCCUCCUCGCCUUCCUCCGCCCACGCCCGCUGCCUCCUUCGUGCCGCCCUCCUCUCCUGCACCCUCCGCGGCACCCUCCUCUGCGCCGCGCUCCUCCGCCCGCGUCACCGUCCUCGUUAGCACCGCGCUCCUCAGUCCCGCGCUCCUCCGCGUCACCCUCCUCCGCCCCCGCGCUGCUCUCCGCCUGUGUCGCCCGCUCUUCCCUCUCGCCCUGCUCUGCCCACGCCCGCCGCCUCCGUCGCACCGCCCGCUCAUGUCGCCUGCCUCAGCCUCGGCUGACUUCGCGUGGCCCUUCAUGCGGCCCUCCUUCGUACUGCCCUCCGCCCGCGCUGCCUUGCGCCGCCCGCCCAUACCGCCUUCCUCCUCGCCCGCGCCUGCCGUCUCCUUCGAGCCGCCUACCUCCGCGUCGCCCUCCUCCGCGUUCGCGCCCCUCACCUCCGCCUCGCUUGCCUUUGCGUCGCCCGCCUCCGCGUCUCCCGCGUUCACAUCGCCCACGUCGCCCUCCUCCUCCCCGUUGUCCCGACCCUCCGCCUCGUCCUCUACCCUGCUCCACAUCACCCGCCUCUACGUCUGCCUCCGCGUUGUCGCGGGACGUGCCAUCGACACAGGUGCCAUCCUCGCGCAGGCCAGAGCUCACAAUGGUGAUCAAGACAGUGCGAGUGACCCAGACGAUGACAACGAAGAUGACGGCGAACCAAUCUCCGGCUGGGAGAACUCUGACGGUGAAGACGACGGCAACACACCAGACCCGGUGGCCAAAGCGGGCACAAAUGUCCAGACAACAAAGCGCAAGGCUUCCGAAGAGUCUCAGACUGAGACGAAGAAGGCCAAGAUCACGAAUAAAACUCCGGUGCAUCGUCCCGUAUCGUCUCCCGCUCCGAAGACUCCCACCGCGAGCAAGGGGAAGAAUUUCAAGGGAGCUAUCGAAUUCGACAAUCUGGCCACCGCAGAGGAGAAGACUCACCAGGGAGAACUCAACCUCGCAGUCGAGAAGCUUCGUUUUGAGACUGAGAAGGCACGCAUCAAAGGCGAGCUCAAGAUUCUUGAGAAGAAGAACAACUUUCAACUCUGGGCGAUGCAUCUUCAAGCACGCACCCAGAUCACCAUUGCCCAGAUCCAAGCCAACUCUUCUCAUGUCAGCAACAACACACCCAUGGUGAACGACUUUACAGCUGCAGGAAUGUUCCCGACGAACAAUCCUUUCAUGUCCAACAACUUUUCGGCAGAUCCUCUUCAGCUCCUCCAGGAGCUCCUGUCCCCCGGCACCCUCCCCGUCAACUGCACUGAGGCAAAGAAGAUCCAAGUUACGCGCGCGACGAUGGCCGACUUUGAAGAGUACUGCGCCGUGCGCGCCACGCGCCCACCCGCGCACGGCGACUUGAACUGGCGCACAGCGCUCCCGGAUCGCGCGCAGGACCGGGAGGAGGACCAGCGGGUGUGGAGCGACUGGCGGAUGAGCCUGAGCGUAUGGCAGGAGGAGGAGGAGGACUAUUCUCACCUGGCGGUCUGUCUGGGCCCUGGGCAUCUCGGCCUGAACAUUGGCGGGCGCGCCCUCACCAUGCACUCCAACGUGAUAGACGAGAGCGCGCCGAACGCGUACUGGCCCCACUCCUUCCCGGACGCGUACGUCGUCCAGCACACAGGGAGCGCGCGCAGCCUGUCAGACAGGCGAGUGGAGAUGGGGCUCGACCACACCGUCGCUAUGCCAUGGUGCGCCAAGCACAACCUCACGGCGUUCAACGUGCGCACCCACGAGCUGCGUGACGUUGAGUCCUUCACAACACGCUGCAGUGCGCACUGCGCGCGGCAUGUGCUCGCGACGUAG